AAUACCAAUGAUGGUAACUGGUUUAUAAUUGCUAAAAACCAGUUCGGAAGGACUUUUGCCAGAAGGAUGAUUUCGCUCCGCCAGUUUAUGCAUUAUCCUGAACUUUCUUUCGAAUAGUUGCAAUAGUCGUUACUAGUACUGUAGAUUUUUGAAUAGUCAUUCUUGUUUCCUCAUUUUCUGGUUGGCUACCAUCUGUUAUUACUUACGGUUGGCUGGUUCACAUAAGGAUAUAUCACAAGCUGCAGUAUUGAAAGUUAAAAAUUUUUAUUUGUACUGCACAGCCCCAGUGCAAACUAGCCAGUCUCUCUGUAUUUUUUACGUUAUGUUUUUUAUUUUGUGACCACUCCGUACACACCCUUUCACUACCUUUUACUCCGUACACUACCUUUCAUUCAGUGCACAACCAUUUGGCACUACCUUUAUCUGCGCGCACUACCAUUUAUUUUUUUUAUUUUUUCACAGCAAAGUUAUUUCAGGAACUGCCGUUUUUUCGUUAACAGCUGUUAGUGCUGCUUUUUCGAUGGCAAACAGAGUGAAGGUCGUACUCUGAGAGCUGAGAUUUAUCAAAAACUUCUUCAAACUGACUGAAUAUUUGAAACUGCGCGCUUUGUAAUAUCGCAAAAUGAGGAUUAGAAUCCACACUAUUACGAGUACAAUCACAAUCUUGUGCACGGUUGAAAGAUUGUGCAAAAGGUUGUGUACGGAGCAAAAGGUAGUGAAAGGGUGUGAACGGAGUGGUCACCUUUUUAUUUCUCUGUUCUGCAUUUUAUUUGAAUUGUUACAUUCAUCUGUACGGCUGCUGAAUUUCUGGAUUUAAGAGUGGAUUGUGUUCAGUUGAAUGCUUGCCAGAUGAAAGAGUUCAUUAGCUCACUGGAUGAUGGACGUCACAGCACUGGCAAACGACACAAGCGAUCCAUUAAAUGCUGCGUUAUGCAGGGCCAACUGGACUUCAGGAUCCGAAGUGGGAAGUGGUAUACUCUGCCGGUACAACAACCAACAAACACAACAAGUGUUCUUAUUCUACAUUUUCGCAUAUUUAUCUCUUUUGCUGGUUUGCACCAUCGGCAACGUACUCAAUCUGGUUAUCUUAACGCACAGUCUGCGCAAGUGGAAAACAUCUGCGCGAUGUUAUAUGUUGGGGACUGCCGUUGCCGAUCUCGGUGUUCUCUGGUUUGGACUGCCAUCAUGCGUGGACAAUAUAGGGCUAUUGUAUCAACUACCGUUCGCGAAGCCAGGGAACUUAAUACACGCAAGUUUAGGACUUUUGAAAGGAUGCACAGCAUGGUUUCAAGCUAUCUGCUUGCACUGCUCUGACUGGAUGCUAAUGGCCUUUAGCUGGGAAAGGCUACUAAUCAUUAUCAGUCCAUUCCGAUUCGGACCGUUGCAACGGGUGUUGACUGCCUGGAUGAUAAUAGCAACCCUAUUUCCCGUAGCGUUACCGUUUGGCAUACUCCAGUUUGCGAUUUCCUACUGGUACUAUUCCCUCGAUAACAAAGAUCAAGACGAUAUUGUUUUUCUUGCCCAUCCACCAAUUUGGAUUAGUCGAUGGUCAAAGAUCGACAAUCUGGCUGCGGUUAUUGUGCAACUAGUGACCUUUAUCCUUAUCUUUAUCCCCAGCGUUUGUCUGAUCGUGUUUCUCAGCCGGCAGCACCGCUCCACCAUCAGCCAAAUGCGCCUUCAACAGGCACAGUCGUCGCGGUCGCAGCCCAGCUUAAAGCAAAAUGAUUCUCGCCCCGAAACGGGCACUACCGUCAUCCUGCUUAGCAGUUCGGCACUGUAUCUUGCCACCAGAUUCCCCAUGGUCGUUAAGUUAUGCUUGUUUUACUUAGGCGCUGUACAGUACGACUGGACGGUUGAGGUUGUUGCCGGGCUUAUUACCAAUAUUGCCAUAGAUGCUGAGUUCCUGGAAUAUAAACUGAUUCUGAUUAAUUGCUGGAAUAUGGGCAUCACAACACUGGCAAACGGUACAAGUGCUCCGUUAAAUGCUGCGUUAUGCAGGGCUAACUGGACGUCAAGAACCGAAGUGGGAAGUGGUAUCCUGUGUCAGUACAACAAACAACAAAUACAACAAGUGCACUUAUUCUACAUUUUUGCAUAUUUAUCUCUUUUGCUGCUUUGCACCAUCGGCAACGUACUCAGUCUGGUUAUCCUAAUGCGUAGUAUGCGCAAAUGGAAAACAUCUGCUCGGUGUUAUAUGUUGGUAACUACCGUUGCCGAUCUCGGCGUUCUAUGGUUGGGAUUGCCGUCGUGUGUGGACAAUAUAGGGGUGUUGUAUCACCUACCGUUUACGAAGCCAGGGAAUGCACAAAAAAGUAUAAGAAUACUGAAAGGCUGCACAGUAUGGUUUCAACAAGUCUGUAUGCACUGCUCCGACUGGAUGCUAGUGGCGUUCAGUUGGGAAAGGCUACUGAUAAUAAUCAACCCAUUCCGAUUCGGACCGUUGCAACGAGUGUCGACGGCCUGGGUCAUAAUAGCGAUCCUAUUCCUCGUAGCGCUACCGACUGGCGUAUUCCAGUUUGUGAUUUCCUACUUGUACUAUUCCUUCGAUCAUAAAGACGAUCUUGUUUAUCUUACUAAUCCGCCAUCUUGGAUUAUUCGAUGGUCAAAGAUCGACGGUCCGGCUACGGUUAUUGUGCAACUAGUGACCUUCAUCCUAAUCUUGGUCCCUAGCCUUGGUCUGAUCCUAUUCCUCAGUCGUCAGCACCGCUCAACCAUCGGCCAAAUGCGUCUGCAACAAACACAGUCGUCGCGGUCGCGGUCCAGCUUAAAACGAAAUGAUUCUCGCUCCGAAACGGGCACUACAAUCAUCCUACUUAGCAGUUCAGCACUGUAUCUUGUCACCAGAUUCCCUGUGGUCGUUCAGUCAUGCUUGUUUUACUUAGGCGAUCGCGAUAUACAUUACGACUGGACGGUUGAGCUUGUUACCGCCCCUUUUGCCGAUAUUGCCAUGUACGCCGGGUAUUCGUUUACAUUUUUCACCUAUCUUGCCACCACAAGGAAUUUCCGUGAGCAUUUGCUUAAACUGGUCACAACUCCAGUGUCCAAGGACAGUGCAUACGUACGCCAUUCUUGAUCAGGGAGGUGUUCUGAAUGCUUCGAAACAGGACUAUCAAAAUUUCUCGCCUGCCGCGACAGCCAAUGCAACUGUUGACAAUCAUCUCCAGCUUAAUGAGCUUAUAUUAAAUGUCGCCUUACUGUUACGCUUAUACACUGUACAUCGUACAUCGUAUAUAAUCAACUCUGUACAUCGUACAUCGUAUAUGAUCAAGCAUUUGUUUAGUUUGCACUGUUUUGCUAAUUUGUUUCGUGGCGAUCCAGAUUCUUUCUGUUGCUGUGUACCUUAACUAAAAAACCCAUAGGAUUGUAAUGGAUGGUACUGAUACAUUAUUAUUAUUAUUAUUAUUUAUAUUACAUCUAUUAUGAGUAGAAAUUACUCUUCUUAAUUACUGCUUUUUCUUAUAUUCUUAUGCAACUCAUGUCACAAAAUCGGAAAGCGAUGUGAUAAAUGUUUCGAAAUCGGACUAGCAACAUCCGUAUCGGCGGUUGUUGCUUGCGAUG